GUAUUGUACUGAGAGAUGGGAACCGGAACCUGACUAUCCGCAGGGUGAGGAAGGAGGACGGGGGCCUCUACACCUGCCAGGCCUGCAAUGUUCUUGGCUGUGCAAGAGCAGAGACAGUCUUCAUAAUAGAAGGUGCCCAGGAAAAGACCAACUUGGAAGUCAUUAUUCUCGUGGGCACUGCAGUGAUUGCCAUGUUCUUCUGGCUCCUUCUUGUCAUUGUCCUGCGGACCGUUAAGCGGGCCAAUGAAGGGGAACUGAAGACAGGCUACUUGUCCAUUGUCAUGGAUCCAGACGAACUGCCCUUGGAUGAGCGCUGUGAGCGCUUGCCUUAUGAUGCCAGCAAGUGGGAAUUCCCCAGGGACCGGCUGAAACUAGGAAAGCCUCUUGGCAGAGGUGCCUUUGGCCAAGUGAUUGAGGCAGAUGCCUUUGGAAUUGACAAGACAGCAACCUGCAAAACAGUGGCCGUCAAGAUGUUGAAAGGUAAAAAGGAAAAUGACAUCGUCAUGUUUCUCUCUGUGUUUUGUCCCUCAUUAAACAUAAGGCUUGCAUCAGUGGCUGUCCGCAUAG